AUGUCCCGUCAUCGCAACACCUUCAACAUUCUCAAGGGUAAAAUCCAAGGCGUAUUCCACUCCCAUUCAUCGUCAAUAAGCGAAAAGGAGUUGAAAGAUUUUAAGGAAUUAUACAACAAGAAGGACAACGAAACCAGUAAAGAUAACAAGGAAAGAAGCGAAAGUGCUGAUACAAGCACAAUUGAAGGCUUAAUCAACACGAGAGCCGUUACCGAUACUGCCACCGAGAUUUUGCCCGAAUCUGCAUCAUCAACGGCACAACAAAUGUCAAGAGUCAAAAGUACUACAAUGUUAAAAAUGGAAACCAAUGCAUCCUGGAUUAAGCAGUUGGGACCCAUUUCGUUUACUUCCUUGUCUGUUGGUGCUAAUAAUCCUCCGCUAGUGGGUAAAGACAAGAUUCUUCUUGAACCCUAUAAUUAUCUGCUUGCAAAUCCCGGUAAAGAAAUUCGAACAAAACUUAUCGAAGCUUUCGACUACUGGUUGAAAUUACCAAAAGAACAAAUGAAGAUUAUCACCAAAGUCGUGACCAUGUUGCAUACGGCUAGUCUUUUAAUUGAUGACGUAGAGGACUUUUCCGAGUUGAGACGAGGUGUUCCAGCCGCACAUCAAAUUUAUGGCACACCCGCAACCAUCAACUGCGCAAACUACGUGUAUUUCCUUGCACUUGACGAACUUGCAAAACUCAACAACCCACGAGUGUACCAGAUUUUCACAGAUGAACUACUCUCUCUCCAUCGUGGUCAAGGCAUGGAGUUGUAUUGGAGAGACACGCUAACCUGUCCGUCAGAAGAAGAAUUUAUUGAAAUGGUAUCCAAUAAGACGGGAGGUUUGUUAAGAUUGGCGAUCAAAUUGAUGCAGGAGGCGUCUGAAUCUAAUGUAGACUAUGUUAACUUGGUAAACAUUAUCGGUAUCCAUUUCCAAAUUCGGGAUGAUUACAUGAACCUUCAAUCUCAAAAAUACAUCGACAACAAGGGAUUUUGCGAGGAUCUAACAGAAGGGAAAUUCUCAUUUCCCAUCAUGCACUCUAUUCAAAGCGAUUCUUCCAGUCGUCAGCUUAUUCACAUUCUCAAACAACACACAACUUCAAUCGAACUCAAACAAUAUGCCGUAAAGCUGAUGCAGAAUACAAAUUCCUUUGCAUAUACGAGAAAGUAUCUAGCAAAGACCGAAGCCAGUGCUAGAACAGAAAUCGCCAGGCUGGGUGGAAACCCAAUGCUGGAAAAAAUUAUGGAUAUGUUGAGUGUUCCUGAGGAUAAUAAUGCCGAAAUGCCUUGA